GUAUAUCGUGGCGGUGGGGUUGCAAAAGAUGCCGAUGCUACGGAAUCCACCAUAAUCUCAAAAUCCUAUCUUUGUCCUCCUCUUGGUUGGCAUUAAGUUUAAAACCAAUGCUCAUCCAUUCCAAUUCCAUUGAAUUUUUAGCUUUCUUCUCUAUCCUUUUCCUUUUCCCCAACUCUUCCACUCCCCAGAUCUCUGCCACUUGUUGGGGUAGUACCAACAUUUUUGACCCAACUCCCUCAUGGUAUGACUCCAUAAACAAUCUUUUUUUUUUUUUUUUGGCAUUUGAAAAGUGGAAAAUUGCAUUGAAUUUGUUACUCUUAGCUGACCCCUUAAUCAACUAUUGACCCCGUUUUUUUUUGGCUUUUACAUAAAAGAAACACCCAAAGAAAAAAAAAAAAAAAUGGCUUCAGUGAAUCUGGGUUCAUGGGUUCAAUCUUACUCCAUUAUCAACCAAGCUUCCAGAUCCAAAUCCUUUCCUUUACCCAGAUCCCUUCCCUUCAAUCCCCUAAAAAAUCUGUCAUCUUCAACCCCCAAAACACGCAGCUUUAGAUUUCUUACUUCAAUUUCCGCAGUCCUUACCAAAGAAGACACUAUCAAGGAAGAAGAACAAAACCCUCAAAAACUAGCCUUUGAUUUCAAAUCCUAUAUGGUUCAAAAAGCCACUGCAGUUAACCAAGCCCUUGAGUCAGCUGUUUCACUCCGUGACCCUGUUAAAAUCCAUGAAGCAAUGCGUUACUCUCUUCUAGCAGGUGGCAAAAGGGUCCGUCCAGCGCUUUGUUUAGCUGCCUGUGAACUUGUUGGUGGCGAAGAAUCCAUGGCUAUGCCUGCAGCUUGUGCUGUUGAAAUGAUCCACACCAUGUCUUUAAUCCACGAUGAUCUUCCUUGCAUGGAUAACGAUGAUCUUCGUAGAGGAAAACCAACUAACCACAAAGUCUUUGGUGAGGAUAUAGCUGUCUUAGCAGGGGAUGCUCUUUUAGCUUUUGCUUUUGAACAUAUAGCUGUUUCUACAGUUGGUGUUACGCCUGGUAGGAUUGUAAGGGCGAUUGGGGAAUUAGCUAAAUCUAUUGGGGCUGAAGGGUUAGUGGCCGGUCAAGUUGUUGAUAUAACCAGUGAGGGACUAACAGAUGUGGGAUUGGAUCAUUUAGAAUUUAUUCAUGUUCACAAAACUGCUGCUUUGCUUGAAGCGGCUGUGGUUUUGGGGACAAUUCUUGGGGGUGGAUGCGAUGAAGAUGUGGAAAGGAUGAGGAAAUUUGCGAGGUAUAUUGGGCUUUUGUUUCAGGUUGUGGAUGACAUUCUUGAUGUGACUAUGUCAUCUAAGGAAUUAGGGAAGACGGCAGGAAAAGAUUUGGUGGCUGAUAAAGUGACUUAUCCAAAGUUGAUCGGGAUAGAGAAGUCAAGGGAGUUUGCAGAGAAGUUAAAGAGUGAUGCGUUAGAGUUGCUCCAAGGAUUUGAUCCUGAGAAAGCUGCUCCUUUGAUUGCUUUGGCUAAUUUUAUAGCUUACAGGCAAAACUGACUUUUGUUUUGUUGUUGUAUAAUUUGUGAUCCUGUUCUUGUAGGUGAGGUGGAAUUGUCUAAAACAUUUGAUUAGAUAAAAGGCCUUGACUCUGCUGCUUCUUGUUGUGUUUGAGCAAAAGGCCUUUGAGAAAGGGGCAGGUGAGUAGUAUUAAUGUUGGGAAUAUUCUUCUACAAGGAUGAUAAAGCUAGAAUGUUGAUUUUCUCUCUGUGCUGUAAUUUCUUUAAUUCAAACGGAAAUAAGUACUGUGAUAGUGAUAAUAGAAUUUCCUCCUCA